GUACCUCUCUCUCUCCACUCUUUCUCUCUCUCUCCACACACUCUCUCUCUCUCUCUCGUCAAAAAUGGUGAUGGAACAGGUUCUUUGCUGUUAGGCAAAGCAAAGGAUGAUUACGAAAGCAUUAAAACCCUGUGAUUUGGGACAAAAUCACGGUGUGACUUCCAGAGCGAGUUGUUUUGUCCUGCGGAAGAGAAAGGAAGCCAACUCAAUUUGAGAGCAAAGCAACCCCUUGAUUCUAAUAUCAUCUCAGGAAAAAAUUCUUAACAUGUAGCAACAACAGCAGGUGGAAUGGAGUUGGUUAGAAUGGAAAAUUCUGAAAAUGGGACAUGUAGAGGAGUUGAUGAAGGAAGCAGCAGCAGCAGCAGUUCUGGACCUGCUGCAACUUCUAGAAACGACGCGUUAGAAGUCAUGAUUGAUCCUGGAAUGGAGUCUUCAGGAACUAAGAUGUAUCCGAAACGUCGUAUAGAAAAAGUCCCGUUGACAAUGCGAAAAGAUGAAAAGACUAAGGGGUACUUUGAUCCUAGGGUGGUUUCAAUAGGUCCGUAUCAUCAUGGGAAGAAGGAGCUCCAGACGGUCGAGAGAAUCAAGCCUAUUAUCGCGCAAUUGUUUAUUUCGAGCAGUGGAAGGGGCAUGGAUGAAUUUCGUGAGCAUAUUUUGGAGAUAGUUGAUGAUGCUAGAAGUUGCUACGUUGAAGGAUCAACAGAUAAAUAUUCCGAUAAUGAAUUUGCUGAAAUGAUGCUUCUUGAUGGUUUAUUUGCUUCGGCUCUUAUUGAGUCCAUUACUCCAGGUUACGGGGAUCAACAAAUUGAGGACGAAUUAGUAAAACACUUGGGUAAACACGCUUUGUACCUUCUGCCAAGUGAUAUAACGUCAUUGCUUGAGAAUCAACUCCCAUUUCAAGUUCUCGAGUUACUGAUGAGCUUAAAGUCCAAACACAACAAAUUGACCGAAAUGAUGGAUAAGUUCUUGGAUAGUUUGGAGUCUAGGGAGUCGCAGCGACAAGAUUAUAAGAAAGAACUCGGGACGGAAUUCAGAUGGCUGAUGGACAAUAAAAGUGGAAUUGAUAAGAAGCAACCACUUCAUUACCUUGAAUACAUUUGGUUGCGGCAUAAUAACUUAAGCCAAUCUGAUCAAACUCGUGGAACCUUAGUAAACAUUGGUUUCUCGGACUUUUACUACUCCUUCAAAUCUGUCAGUGAGCUCAAAGCUAAGGGAAUCCAUGCUAGGAGUGGUAGUGUUUAUACUCAAAGGGAUUUCAAGUUCAAAUCUUUCUUCUUCUUUGCAGUGCUCGAAAUUCCUCCUCUUAUUUUGAAUCCUCAGUUCAUCAUACAUACUUCAAACCAAAUUGCGUACGAGUGGACGCCAAACAACCCUAACAACCUACCCACGAUGGCUUACAUGAACUUUAUGAAGUCGCUCAUCAAUAGCGUGGAAGAUGUGAAAGAGCUGCGCGCAAAGAAUAUACUAUUCAGCGCCUGCACUAGUGAUGAAGAAGUGGUCAAGAUGUUCAACAGCAUCUCCACAUUCGGAGUGGAGGACUUCAGAAUAUACGAUAAGGUGAAGCGGAAAAUCCAACAUCACUACAAUAACAAGGCGAGGACAUGGUUUGCCGAAUUGAUUCAUAAGUAUUUCAGUAGUCCGUGGACAUUCUUGGCCUUUGUUGCUGCGACUGUUAUUGUUAGCAUGAGUUUUCUUCAGACCUACUACACAAUCUUCCCUCGCGCUUCAUGAUUGCUUCACAUUUUCAACUUCACUUGAAAAGGUUCUAUGGUUUGUUCUAUGCCUGCUCCUUCCUUUUCAUGAUGAUGUCUAUAAUCAUGUGCAAACUUGUUAUUCACAUCGUUAAUAUGUGUAUGUACUCUUCUUAAUUAUCACCAACAUGUAUGUGAGAUAUUGCUAUGAAUAGAGAUUGUUGCUUUACGGUAAAGAAA